CUUACUCUCUUUCUUUUCCCCUCACAUCCUUUUCUCUAUAUCCUUUACUUUGCAUUUUCUCGAUCCCUCUCUGUCUUUGUGUGUGUGUGUGUCUCUCUCUCUCUCUCCCCUCUCCUUCUCUCUUACGCGUCCACAUUUCCACAAAGACGCUCUCUACUCUCUCUCUCUCUCUCUCUCUCUCUCCAAAAGACUUUCAUUGAGUUCUAAGAUUCAGACCAGCCAGGUUACAGAGCACACUUGGCUUGCUGAGGAAUCAAAAUCAAAGACUUUUCCUUCUCUCUCUCUCUCUGUGGUGCUUUCGCUAUAUGCGGAGUUUGGGUUUCUUGUGAUGGGUGCCGAGCCGAGCGUUGAGGAGCGUAAAGUUGGAUCUUUUGGGUGAGCAGGGGGCGUGUUUCCCAGUUGCGAUUUUCGAUUCGGUAACGUAGGCUUUGUGGGUUUCAAGUGUUUCAGAUUUGCUGAGCUUUGUGGUGAGUGUGAUGGACACGAGGGGUCGACUCGUUGCUGGGUCUCACAACAGGAAUGAGUUCAUUCUGAUCAAUGCAGAUGAGAAUGGAAGGAUUAAGUCUGUGAAGGAAUUGAGUGGACAAAUGUGUCAGAUUUGUGAGGAUGAGGUGGAGAUUACAGUGGAUGGAGAGCUCUUUGUUGCCUGCAAUGAAUGUGCUUUCCCUGUGUGCAGGCCUUGCUAUGAAUAUGAGAGAAGAGAGGGCAAUCAGGCUUGCCCUCAGUGUAAAACCAGAUAUAAGCGUCUCAAAGGUAGUCCUAGGGUUGAAGGUGACGAAGAAGAAGAUGACAUUGAUGAUUUGGACAAUGAAUUUGAUUAUGGAAACCUUAAUGGUCUUGGCCCACAAGAAGGUGCAGAGGCAAUGCUCUCUUCACACCUUAACUCUGGCCGUGGUUACCACUCUAAUGCAUCUGGAAUCCCUGUGCUCUCAGCACAUGAGGCAUCUCCCCUUAGUUCUGAGAUUCCUCUAUUGACCUAUGGCGAGGAGGAUUCUGAGAUUUCUUCUGAUCGACAUGCUCUUAUAGUACCCCCAUUUAUGGCUCAUGGAAAUGGAAGCCACUCAGCACCUUUUCCUGAUCCAUCUAUACCAUUGCAACCCAGACCAAUGGUUCCUAAGAAAGACAUUGCGAUAUAUGGGUAUGGGAGUGUGGCUUGGAAGGAUCGAAUGGAGGACUGGAAGAAAAGGCAGAAUGAUAAACUUCAGGUGGUAAAGCACCAAGGAGAUAAUGAUGGGGGAAACUUUGGUGGAAAUGAGAUAGAUGAUGAUCCUGAUUUGCCCAUGAUGGAUGAAGGCAGGCAGCCACUUUCGAGGAAGUUACCCAUCCCUUCAAGCAAGAUAAAUCCAUACAGAAUGAUUAUAAUACUUCGCCUUGUGAUCCUUGGCCUCUUUUUCCAUUAUAGACUUCUCCAUCCAGUUAAAGAUGCGUAUGGCUUGUGGUUGACAUCAGUUAUAUGCGAAAUAUGGUUUGCUGCAUCAUGGAUUCUGGAUCAGUUCCCAAAAUGGUACCCAAUAGAACGAGAAACAUACCUUGAAAGGCUAUCAUUGAGGUAUGAAAAAGAAGGGAAGCCAUCUGAGUUGGCCAGUGUAGAUGUCUUCGUGAGUACAGUUGAUCCUUUGAAAGAGCCUCCUUUAAUUACUGCCAACACUGUUCUUUCCAUCCUUGCGGUUGAUUAUCCAGUAGAUAAGGUUGCUUGCUAUGUUUCGGAUGAUGGUGCUGCCAUGCUUACUUUUGAAGCACUUUCUGAGACGUCAGAAUUUGCGAGGAAAUGGGUUCCAUUCUGUAAAAAAUUUAAUAUUGAGCCAAGGGCCCCAGAAUGGUAUUUUUCACAGAAGAUGGACUAUCUGAAGAACAAAGUUCAUCCAGCAUUUGUCAGAGAAAGGCGUGCAAUGAAGAGAGAAUAUGAAGAAUUUAAAGUUAAAAUAAAUGCGUUAGUAGCCACAGCACAAAAGGUUCCUGAGGAUGGCUGGACGAUGCAGGAUGGGACUCCAUGGCCUGGAAACAAUGUACGGGACCAUCCUGGCAUGAUUCAGGUCUUCCUUGGUCAUAGUGAUGUUUGUGAUGUUGAAGGAAACGAGUUACCUCGUCUUAUAUAUGUUUCUCGUGAAAAGAGACCAGGGUUUGAACACCAUAAGAAGGCUGGGGCCAUGAAUGCUCUGGUGCGCGUCUCGGCAGUUAUUUCAAAUGCUCCUUAUCUACUGAACGUUGAUUGUGAUCAUUAUAUUAACAAUAGCAAGGCACUUAGAGAAGCCAUGUGUUUCAUGAUGGACCCCACAUCAGGGAAGAAGGUUUGCUAUGUGCAAUUUCCUCAAAGAUUUGAUGGGAUUGAUCGUCAUGAUAGAUACUCAAAUCGGAAUGUUGUAUUCUUUGAUAUCAACAUGAAAGGCUUAGAUGGUUUACAAGGACCCAUAUACGUUGGAACUGGAUGUGUUUUCAGAAAGCAAGCACUUUAUGGAUUUGAUGCACCUGCCAAGAAGAAGUCCCCUAGCAAAACCUGCAACUGUUGGCCAAAAUGGUGCUGCCUAUGUUGCGGCUCUAGAAAGGAUAAGAAUGCAAAGACAAAGAAGGAGAAAAAGAAGAAAUCCAAGCACAGGGAAGCAUCAAAGCAGAUACAUGCACUUGAAAAUAUUGAAGAGGGAAUAAAUGAAUCAAAUGCUGAGAAAUCAUUAAGUAUGCCGCAAAUGAAAUUGGAGAAGAAGUUUGGGCAGUCUCCAGUGUUUAUAGCCUCCGCACUUCAGGAAAAUGGUGGAGUUCCUAAGAAUGUCAGUCCUGCAUCACUUUUGAAAGAAGCAAUCCAAGUCAUCAGCUGUGGUUAUGAGGAUAAAACAGAAUGGGGAAAGGAGGUUGGAUGGAUAUAUGGCUCUGUAACUGAGGAUAUCCUGACUGGAUUUAAGAUGCACUGCCAUGGCUGGCGGUCUGUGUACUGCAUACCCAAGAGGCCAGCAUUCAAGGGGUCAGCUCCUAUAAACCUCUCAGAUCGUCUACAUCAGGUUCUUCGGUGGGCCCUUGGAUCUGUUGAAAUUUUCUUGAGCAGGCAUUGUCCAAUCUGGUAUGGCUAUGGCGGUGGGUUGAAUUGGUUGGAGCGAUUUUCCUACAUAAACUCUGUUGUGUAUCCUUGGACAUCCAUUCCCUUGCUUGUUUACUGUACUCUGCCAGCCAUCUGUCUUCUUACUGGACAAUUCAUUGUUCCUGAGAUAAGCAAUUAUGCCAGUCUAGUAUUCAUGGCUCUUUUCAUAUCUAUAGCUGCAACUGGUAUACUUGAGAUGCAGUGGGGUGGUGUCGGGAUAGACGACUGGUGGAGAAAUGAGCAGUUCUGGGUAAUUGGAGGUGUUUCUUCUCAUCUUUUUGCACUCAUCCAGGGUCUACUCAAGGUGUUGGGUGGUGUCAGCACAAACUUCACAGUUACCUCUAAAGGUGCAGAUGAUGGAGAAUUUUCAGAGCUUUACCUCUUCAAGUGGACAUCAUUGUUGAUCCCUCCCACAACUUUGUUGAUCAUAAAUAUAGUUGGGGUGGUGGUUGGGGUCUCAGACGCGAUCAAUAACGGGUAUGAUUCAUGGGGGCCACUUUUUGGUAGGCUAUUUUUUGCCUUCUGGGUCAUCAUGCAUCUCUACCCCUUCCUCAAGGGAUUACUGGGGAAACAAGAUCGGAUGCCAACCAUUAUUUUGGUGUGGUCUAUUCUGCUGGCCUCAAUCUUAACUCUUAUGUGGGUUAGAAUCAACCCAUUUGUGUCAAGAGAUGGUCCUGUAUUAGAAGUUUGUGGGUUGAAUUGUGACUAGGAUACAGAAAUAAAUAAACAUAUAUUAAGAUUUAGUUGCUUCUGAGCUACUACAAUUUUCAGGGAUAGGUAUGGUGGUGUUGCAGAAGAGAGAUUGAAUUGUUCUUUGGAUUGAAUCAUUUCAUCCAACUGCAGGAAUUUGUUGGGAGAAAGAGUUAGUCUUGGGGUAUGUAGAUAGGGAAAGGGCUUGGGGCUGACAUUAUUAUUUGUUUUAUAGGGUUGCAUCAAUUCUUUUAUUGCAUUCCUGUGGGGGGUUUUGGGUAAAUUUUUUCAGUACCUGUAUUACAAGAAGGUACUGAAUUAUAAUUUAUUCCCCCAAGUGGUGGGGGUGUCUUAUAGGUGUCCAAGAUUAUUACUUCAAUUGUCUGUAUUGGUUUUCUUGUACACUAUGGACUUUGUCAUGAAUGCUAUUAAUUUGGAGUUCUAAGCAUAUUGGAUUUUAUUCAAUUUCUUUC